GCUCAAUCAUCUCAAGAGGCUCCAUUUGCAUUACAAGACCCCCCCCCCCUGCCGGGACUGUCAUCUCACAUGCCAACUUCACGGUCCCCUCAACUAUUAUGUACCUUAUGCUACCUUAUGCUCCCAAGAGAUGGGCUAAACCUGCCGAGUACCACGCAAAAUCGAGGGACGCAUCAAAAACCCUACAUUUACUCUAGAUUCCACAACUUCGAGCUCUUCUCACACCUCAAAGCCCGAGUCGGCCCGCACUCCCCGCUGCCCGUUCACGUUGCGCCAUCCUGUAUUUACAUUCCCAUGUAUGGAGCACCUCAUCCUCUCCAAGCUUUCUUCCUAGCUAUUGUUCCUCAGUCUCCCCAGUGAGAAGAGCGAGAUCUCCUCUAUAGUAGCACUAGCGUGCUCACCUACUUGCAUAGAACCCAUUCCGAAGCGUAAAAAGAUGUACAGAUGGCAUCAAACCGGGAUUUCUUUCCCUGAACCACCGGCCAAGCCCCGCGGCGCCCAUAGUGGGGCCGUGACACAAACGCUUCCAGGCCCCCUGCAUCGCCGGCGGCCCCCAAAAAUCCCGACCAAUGAUGAAUUUCUCCGUCUCGUCUGAUGCCUUUUCCCUUCACUCUUACCUUGGCGAUGCCAGGUCGGGUUCUUGGGGUUUCAAC